AACGUGCACAAGGAGAUAAGAUGUUCUUGUGGUACGACCAAACAAGGGGAUAGUCUUUCCUUUCAGCUGGAGAAAGAAUACUUGUUUCAUUCACUGCGAGGAUCAAGUCAGAAUUUUGCCUGGGCUGCCACGCGGAUUCCACUCAGAAAGAUCUUGGAAGAAAAGUGCAACAAAAUGAAUUGUAACAUAUUGCUACAGGCUGUUCUACUAAUUUUGUGCAUCAUAUGGAGCAGGCAAGCAGCUAAUUCUUCCCUAGAAUAUGAUGACUACAGUGAUCAUACUUUCCAAGACAAAAUUAUAAGGGGUUCAGUACCAAGUGUGGCUGACAUCAUGAAAACAUUUAAAGGCAAUCAGCAAAAAGUGAAUGGCUCCAAUGAGACUUUGUAUACCGUGGGGAAGACAGCCAGAACUCACCUCACUGGUCCCACCACCACAGCUACCAUCCCAGCUCUUUAUAUCUUAGUCUUCGCCAUUGGGCUCCCAGCCAAUGGACUGGGUCUCUGGAUAAUGGCAACAAAAAUCAGGAAAUUACCUUCCACCAUCUUCCUCAUCAACUUAGCAACCGCAGACCUCCUCCUGAUCCUCAUCCUGCCUUUCAAGAUCUCCUACCACCUUCUGGGCAACAACUGGCUCUUUGGCGAAGCGCUGUGUCGAACGAUGACCACCUUCUUCUAUGGGAACAUGUACUGCUCCAUCCUGCUCCUCACCGUCAUCAGCAUCGACAGAUACUUUGCCCUGGUGUACCCUCUCACCUCUCGACAGUUCAGGGACAACACGUUUGCCAUUAGUGUCUGCUCGGUGAUUUGGGUAAUCGCUGCACUCUUGGUCCUGCCGUUUCUCUUCGAGGAGCAGUUGCUCAGAAUCUACAACCUAAACAUUACCACCUGUCACGAUGUGUUGCCAGAGGCUAGUCAGACUGGGUAUUUCUUCUACUACUUUGUGUGUUUGGUUAUCAUGGGUUUCUUAAUCCCAUGCUGUGUCACCAUAUUCUGUUAUGGAUCUGUAAUCAAAACUUUAAUAGUUAAUGAAAAGAGUUAUAUGCGUGCUGCAAUAGUCACUUUUCUGAUUCUACUGGUGUAUGUUGGGUGCUUUGCUCCCAGCAAUAUAAUCCUCAUAAUUCACCACUCCGAGUACCACCUUACAAACGACAGUGAUCUCUAUAUUUAUUACAUGGUCUGCCUGGUUGUCAGUAGUUCCAGCAGUUGCAUUGACCCCUUCAUUUACUAUUACAUUUCUGAUGAGUUUCGGGUCAGGGUAAAGCAUGUUAUUUGCUGCAAGGACCAGCGUGAAAUGCUGUCUGGUAGGACCACCCAAGAACUCUUACGCACUAACACCUAUUCCUCGCAGUCCAGAGCUGGAACGUCCGUGAGAAAUAUUUGAUUCUGUGCAGGACCUGGAAAGAUUUCAAAGGCACAGAUUGUAAAAUACUUUCAGUACUGACCAGCUCACAGAAUGGUUUCAGCAUCAAAUCAACAAUAGAAUUGAAAAUGAAUCAAAUUCUGUUAGUUCAGAUUAAUUUAGGAGAUUAUGUUUUUCUCAAAUGUCACCUAUUUGGAACUUUGAAAACCAGAAUUUGUGUUUCCUUCAGUAUUGUUGCAAUUGUCAGGCAGGAAGAAGUGCUUUCCCUCCAGACCACAGCUCCUUCCAGACCACAGCUCCCACCAGACCACAGCUCCCUCCAGACCACAGCUCCCUCCAGACCACCACUCCCUACUGCCAUGUUUACCUGCACUGCACUUUCUCUGUAGCUGCAACACUGUAUUCUGCAUUCUGUGUUCUUUUUUAUCUCCUCUCUAAGGUUACGUAUGGCAUGAUCUGACCGGAUGGCAUGCACACAAAAGCUUUUCACUGUAUCUCAGUACAUGUGGCAAUAAUAAAUCAACACCACGUCUUACUCUCCUUCUUUCUCAGAUCAGUUCUAGGUCCCUUAUCUUCAACUUAUGUCCUCUGGUUCUGGAUGACAGUGAGAAGUUUCUCAUGGUCUACCCUAUCUAUGGCUCUUAUACUUUGUAUACUUAAAUCAAGUCCCCCCCUCAGCCUCCUCCACUCCUAGGAAAACAAGCCCAGCUUAUCCAGUCUCUUCUCAAAACAGAAACAUACAAUCCCAAGUAACAUCAUGGUGAAUCUCCUCUGCACCCUCUCCAGCGUAAUCACAACUUUCUAGUAGUGCACAAUGAGAAUUGCACAAAAUACUCCAGCCCUGGCCUAAGCAACAUUUCAUAUAGUUGUGCGAUAGUCUCCCUGCUCUUAUAUUCAAAGCCUUUGCUAAGAAGACAACUUGCUUUCAUGACCAUCUUAUCCACCUGUGCUGCUACCUUCAGGGGAUCCUUGGACUUGUACCCCAAAGUCCCUCUGUUCUUCAGUACCUCAUAGGGCCCUACCAUUCAUUAUAUAUGUUCUAGCCUCAUCAGUCUUCCAGAAAUGCCUCAUAUUUAUCAGAAUUAAAUUCUAUCUGCCAUUGUUCAGCCAAUCUUAGCAACUCAUCAAUAUUAUUAAGUAGCCUAAAAACUACCAUCCUCACUAUCAGCACCACCACCAAUUUUGGAGUCAUCUGAGAACUUAUUAAUCGUACCUCUUACAUUCACGUCCAAAUAAUUAAUGUAAAUAAACAGAAUGGGUUCCCUCACCAUUCCCUGUAGUACAUCACUGGUCGCAGGCUUCCAAGCGUAAACCCCAAAGCAGCAGCCAAUCCCCAGACUUAAUAUUAUUUGACAACUUGAGGUGUACUAAAACUUGUGUAAAAAUGUAAAUACUGUCUCUGGCACAAACCUGUGCAACAAAUAAAGACAAAUCAUAUAGA